GCCCUACUGUGACCUAGCCCAGCCUCAAUCCGCCAAAUUAAGUAGCCUACCCAGCCUACCAUAUUGCUUCUAGAGCCCUUACGAAGCACUCAAUUGCGGCGGUACUGGUCUCCUGCCUACUUGCUUACCUAGGUUGCCGCAGUCCCAGCAGAAAUCAAAAUACCUACCUAAAUAAAUAUUUUUUAUUCCAACUUUCUUGCAUGCUCUUUUUUGUUUGGACGGGCAAACUUGCCACCAUUUUCAAACCCCUCCGUCGCUUCAUUACGUAUCCCGGAAGUGUUUAGAAUCUCUCCGUUGCGACACAUGAGACCUCCUUAGUCGGAUUUUAUUGUUAUCUUGACCGUUGCGACAACCCCACCUUGUCACCAUCUUCGGCCGGCCUUGCAACUUGUCGCAUAAACGACAAAGCACCCCCUCUACACCACGCGAUAGAACUUGACACGACUCCGACGCCAACUUUCCCGCCACCAAAAGAAGUUGGAACAUACCAUUCGUAUUAACCUCAUUACACAUCAUAACCCAACAUGGGAAAUCGUCAAUCGAAGCUUUCCCAAGAGCAACUAGCCGAGCUCCAAAAGUCCACACAUUUCGACAAGAAGGAGUUACAACAAUGGUAUAAGGGCUUUCUAAAGGAUUGCCCAUCGGGCAUGCUCACGAAAGAAGAAUUCCAAAAGAUUUACAGGCAAUUCUUCCCAUUCGGCGAUCCAUCGUCCUUUGCCGAUUACGUUUUCAAUGUUUUUGAUUCAGACAAAUCCGGUUCUAUCGACUUCAAGGAAUUCAUCUGCGCCCUAAGUGUAACAAGCCGAGGGAAGAUGGAGGACAAGCUCGAUUGGGCGUUCCAAUUAUAUGAUAUCGAUGGCGAUGGAAAGAUCAGCUAUGACGAAAUGCUUAAGAUCGUAGAAGCGAUCUACAAGAUGGUCGGUUCGAUGGUGAAGCUCCCCGAAGACGAAGAUACCCCCGAGAAGCGCGUCAGGAAGAUCUUCCGCAUGAUGGAUAAGGAUGAGAACGGCAGUCUGGAUAUGGAGGAAUUCAAGGAGGGCAGCAAACGUGACGAGACUAUUGUCUCAGCACUGUCUCUGUAUGACGGACUAGUGUAAUUCCCUAUCGCCUUUCGGAAGAGGGUGAGCAGAAUCGAGGCGUCCCAGAAGAGCAAAAAGGCUUUUUAGAAACAUUGGGAAACAGGGCCGGG